AUGGAUCAAGCUGCACUAAAACACUUCCAGCAAUUCAUGAACUGCUGGAUGUACUCUGCAUUUACUUUUUCUAAAAUACUCGCAUCAUCCGCUCAAAAUCAAAAUCAAAAACCAGAGCCAGCUCCUCCAGGACCUGCCAAAGAAAUAGAGCCAAAAGAAUUUCCUUGCUUUAGUUGCGACAAAAAGUACAGCACCUAUAAAGGCUUAAAGCAGCACAUGGGAAAAAGCCACAACAGCACAGUCAAGAACUUUCUCUGUGACAGCUGUGGAGGAUUAUUCAGCAACAAGUAUGCUCUAAAAUUUCACAGGCGGCAGGUUCAUGAAAAAUCGACAACAGCAAAGUGUAGUAUAUGUGAGAAGACAUUUUAUAACAAAUACAAGCUGAAGAAGCACAUCCUCAGGACGAGUCAUUCUGCUUACUCCCCCCAUCCUUGAUCGAACGAUUGACUGUAAAAAUUCUUAAAAAUUGGGGAAAUUAACCCCCAUCCUUAUCGAACGAUUUUCAUAUCAUACAAAUUUUAUAAGGACCCCCUCAUUUGUCCAAUUUUCUAGUCUUUUAUCAUUUGUCCAUUUUUCUAGUUUUUUUUAUAGGAAAAAAUUUUUUUUUUAGGACCUCAUUUGUCCAAUUUUCUAGUCAAAAUUUUUGAUAGAAAAAAAAUUUUCAGGACCUCAAUUGUCUCAUUUUUAGUUUUUUUAAAGUAAAAAACUAGAAUUUAGGGCAUUUUGAAAAAAUGCAAAAAAACUAGAAAAUUGGACAAAUCAUUUUUGACUAGAUUUUGGGACAAAUGAGGUCCUGAAAAAAAAAAUUUCUUAUAAAAAAAAGACUAGAAAAUUCGACAAAUGAGGGGGGCUCCUUAUAUAUAAAAAUAUAUUAGUUAUCAAAAGCUUUGGAAGAUGUACAUAAUGAAGUUGUUUUCAGAUACUUUGAGACGACAGAAAGCUGCGAAAUCAAUCAUCCGAAGUGAUUUAGUCAUCAACCUAGGCUUAAAAACUCAAUAAUCUAAUAAAAUAGAUAUUUUUUAAAAUUUUUAAAAUAAAAAUUUUAAUUUAAUAAGGAGCAAAUUAAAAUUUAUACAGUUUAAACGGGUAACUAAUAUAUCAAAAUAUUAAAAUUGGUAUUUUAAUGAAAUUCAUUCAAGUUUUGCUGUAAAAAUAAUUAUUAAAUACUCUUAACCCUCUUUUUAAAAGUAAAUAAAACAAAUAUAUUUUUAUUUUAUAUAUAAAAUUUUUUUGAACCCCCAUCCUUGAUCGAACGAUGAUGAGCCGUUCGAUCAAGGUGGGGGGGAGUUAG